GUAUUGUAUCUCAUCUCCUACUAUUCUAGAGAGAGAAAAAGAAAGAUUCACAGGGUCAAAACCAGCAGCAUUUUUCUUUUUCUUUUUCUUUUUCUUAUCUUUCUGUAGAUAAUUCAUAUAAAUAACAGUUGAAUUUGUAAAGCCUGAGGAGAAGAGAACCAGAUCACGUAUCAGAAUCCCUCGUGAUCACAAUUUUCGUUUGCAGGGGGUAAUAUUUUCACCCACCCGAACAAAUCCGUUCAUUACAAACCAUUCUAUUACUACUCAUCUCCCUCCACCUACAUUGACAAAGAGAAAGAGAAGAUCAUUUUCUCUGUUGAAUGAUUCUUCAGCUUCACAUCUGUUAUAACUUCUUAAAUCAACAAAUUCAGCAACAUCUAUCUUCUUUUCCAUAGAGAUCAAGAGACAUAAAUAUACGUAGAGAGAGAUGGGGGGUUGUGAGAGGAAUGGAACAGUGAGGCAAUACAUAAGAUCAAAAGUGCCAAGACUCAGAUGGACUCCUGAUCUUCAUCGUUGUUUUGUUCAUGCCAUUCACACACUUGGUGGUCCGAAUAAAGCAACACCUAAGCUUGUUCUUCAGACGAUGGAUGUAAAGGGUCUCACUGUUUCCCAUGUUAAAAGUCAUCUUCAGAUGUAUAGAAGCAUGAAGAGCGAUGUUGCAACACGAGAUGAUGAGAUUCACAGAUCCACUGGAUUACAUAGAAAACAGUCUCAUGAGGAUCAACAUGAUGGGUGCAUUGAUCAUGAGAUUUGUUUACAUCCAUCCAUUCAAGAAUCUAAUCCUCACUUCAUUUACCAUCCUUUCGCUGUCCCUUCCAAAAGAGGUAGAAUGGAGACAAGGAUGCAUGGAUACUCGGAAAUAAGAAUAAAGGGAAAGGAAGGCAUUGGUGAUCACAAAUGGCAGCAGCCUCAUUCCUUUUCUAUUCCACAUUUUCACUCGAAUCCCUCCUUUAACCAUCUAAGAGAAUCUGACUUCCUAAAGAAUUCCAAACGAGAAACUGCUGAACAUGGAAUGCUCAGUGGGAUGAAACUUGAGAAAGCAAGAAAUAUUCAAGAGGUCGAGCAGCCUGAUGAGUGUGGAUUAUCGUUAUCACUAUCAUUGCAACAUCCCUUAGUCCAGAUGAGCAAUGGUUCCUUGUUGAGUGAAAUCAGCGAGACACACUCAAGGCAGAAUACAAGUGAUCACUCUUCAAACAAAUGUAGUGUUAAUCUAGAUCUAUCUAUUGCUCUAUUCACCGGAGCAAACAUGAAAUCGAUUAGCAACCCCAAUGAAAUCAUUCACAAAAUCAAGAAACGGGUUCUCCGUUUUAGUCACCGGAGCAGCCAGAAGAUGAAAUGGGGACAACCCUCCUCUACCCCUCCUCUUGUUAAUGGGAAACAACCAAACAACCUUGAGGAUCGUUGCUUCCCUCCUCUGUUACUUCGCUGUUUCAUUCCCUUCCUCCCUUGUGUUUUCCAAUGGAACAGAGAAGGAACGACCAAGGCGGAGCAACCCCCUUGCUAUAACAAUCACCCAACAUCAUAA